AGCUUUUCCAUUAGGUUUUUAUGGAUACAAGUCCAUGGAAACUGUGAGCUUCGGUCAUCUUCAUCUCCGAGAGGAAAAGCAGAAUCAAAUCCAAAAAAUCACAAAAGCAUAAAAGGGUUUCUUAACUUCGUAAUCAUGACUGAUCACGUGCAGGAGCAGGAGAUGGAAAUCGAAGCCCUGGAAGCAAUACUUAUGGACGAAUUCAAAGAAAUUCAUUCUGGUGAGAGUGGGUUGAACACAUCAAAUAGGUGCUUCCAAAUAACAUUAUCUCCUCAGGAUGAUGAUGCAGAUCAGUCGACUACAACACCAGUUCUUCUGGGUUUGAUUUUCUCGCAUACUGAAAAAUAUCCAGAUGAGUCUCCCCUUCUUAAUGUAAAAAGUAUACGUGGAGUGCACACCAGUGACCUGAAAAUUUUGAAGGAGAAACUUGAACAAGAGGCAUCUGAAAAUCUUGGAAUGGCUAUGAUUUACACUUUGGUUACAUCAGCCAAGGAAUGGCUAUCUGAAAAAUAUUGCCAAGAUGCAGAUGCUGACGAUCUUGAAGAAGAAGAAUCAACAAAAGAUGAGGUGAUUGUUCCACAUGGAGAGCCUGUUACUGUUGAUACAUUUUUGGCAUGGAGAGAAAGAUUUGAGGCAGAGUUGGCGCUGGAGCGAGCCAAGCUAAUGCCCGAAUCUGCUCUUACGGCACCUAAAGAAAAGAGGCUCGCGGGCAGGCAGUGGUUUGAAAGUGGAAGAGCUACUGCGAAAGGUGCAGCUCAUGUUAAUGAAGAAUCCGAGGAGGAAGACGAGGAAGAUAUUGAUUUUGAUGAUGAUAAUUUCGAAGAUGAUGAAGAAGACAUGCUUGAACACUACCUUGCCGAGAAGUCCGAUUCAUCCACACACUCUUUGAAGAGAAUUGCCUAAAAGAAAGUCUUGCAGUUCGAGAGUUAAACAUGUUUUAUCGAUAAGUAGUGAACUUGCUGUCAUUUAAAUUCCAGGAAGGCAUUGAGUGAAGGAAAUGAAUUUAUGUUGUAACAUUAUGCUUCUGUUUCCAGUGUAAAGAUUCACAAGUUUUGCAUA